GUGUUACACUGAAACUGGUUAGGAUUGAGUGAUGAAAAUUGUCCCACAUAUAGUCGAACCGACUUCCAUGAUAUUCUUUUUCUCCGAUCCUCCGCCGAUUCGAACUGUAUUUAUAUAUAAACGUGAUACAUUAUAUUACUAUAUAUACACAAUUUCAAAUACUUAAGAUAUCAUUCAGAAGUCAAACUCGAAUCAUUCUGGGAAUCUUUGCGACUUCAACGCUUAUUAUCUCAGAGCGUCCGCACUCUGUUUCCAUACCAAUACAAGACUCACUAAGCUCUCGAUUUCACAGUCGUCACUGUGAAUCGAAAGCUCAGGAAAAGAAGAUGAGCAAUCCCAAGAUUUUGUGGGUUUUGCUGUUAAUGCUCAUCUUUUUCGAAUUCGAUUCUUCUUUGGGUCAUGUGGGUUCAAUCGGAAUACAACCAUUGUCCCAAAUUGCAAUAGAGAAAACCACUCUUGCUCUCCACAACUCCGCCUCCAUUAAAGCCUUCCCUGUUCUGCUUGGCUUGAAGGGUGAGGAUACUGAAUUGGUUCGUGUGGAUCUUGAGUACCCACAUCCAUCUGAGAAUGAUUGGGUUGGAGUUUUCUCUCCUGCAAAGUUCAACUCAUCAAAUUGUUAUGUAGAGAACGACCCAAAAGAACAGACUCCAUAUAUAUGCUCAGCCCCAAUUAAGUACAAGUAUGCUAAUUACUCCAACUCAAAUUAUAUGAAGACUGGCAAAGGUUCUCUGGAUUUCCAGUUGAUCAAUCAACGGGCAGAUUUCUCGUUUGGAUUAUUUUCAGGCGGUUUGUCCAAUCCAAAAUUGGUGGCAGUUUCAAAUUAUAUAUCAUUUGCAAAUCCUAAAGCACCCCUUUAUCCACGUCUUGCGCAAGGGAAAUCUUGGGAUGAAAUGACAGUAACCUGGACGAGUGGCUAUAACAUAGAUGAAGCCAUUCCUUUUGUUGAGUGGGGUUUGAAGGGAGAUAUUCAAAUGCGCUCACCAGCUGGAACAUUGACAUUUUCUCAAAACACCAUGUGUGGUUCACCUGCGCGGACAGUUGGUUGGCGUGAUCCUGGUUUCAUACAUACCAGUUUCUUAAAGGAUCUAUGGCCAAACUCCAUGUACACUUACAAGAUGGGUCAUCGAUUACCCAAUAAUUCAUAUAUCUGGAGCAAGAUGUAUUCAUUCAAAUCAUCCCCUUAUCCUGGACAGGACACAUUACAGCGUGUUAUAAUAUUUGGCGACAUGGGGAAGGCAGAACGUGAUGGUUCAAAUGAGUAUAGUAAUUAUCAGCCAGGUUCGCUUAAUACAACGGACCAACUCAUCAAGGACCUAAAGAACAUUGACAUAGUUUUCCACAUAGGAGAUAUAACGUAUGCAAAUGGAUACAUCUCGCAGUGGGACCAAUUCACAUCACAGGUGGAGCCCAUUGCUUCAACUGUACCAUAUAUGAUCGCAAGUGGCAAUCAUGAGCGUGAUUGGCCUGGGACAGGAUCCUUCUAUGACACUAUGGAUUCAGGUGGGGAAUGUGGUGUGCUAGCUGAGACCAUGUUCUAUGUUCCUGCGGAGAACAGAGCUAAGUUCUGGUACUCAACAGAUUAUGGCAUGUUUCGCUUCUGCAUAGCAGAUACUGAGCACGAUUGGAGGGAGGGUUCUGAACAGUACAUAUUUAUUGAGAAUUGCCUUGCAUCAGCAGACAGGCAGAAACAGCCUUGGUUGAUUUUUGCUGCUCAUCGGGUCCUUGGGUAUUCUUCUAAUAAAUGGUAUGGACUGGAGGGCUCAUUUGAAGAGCCCAUGGGAAGGGAAAGCUUACAGAGACUCUGGCAGAAAUACAAGGUGGACAUGGCAUUUUAUGGUCACGUCCAUAACUACGAAAGGUCUUGUCCUAUUUACCAGAAUCAGUGUGUGAAUUCAGAAACAUCACACUACUCGGGCACUGUGAAUGGGACAAUCCACGUUGUUGUUGGUGGAGGAGGAAGCCAGUUAUCAGAGUUCAUCCAAGUUAAUACCAGUUGGAGUCUUUACAAAGAUUACGACUACGGAUUUGUCAAGUUGACGGCAUUUAACCACUCAUCUCUUCUCUUCGAGUACAAGAAGAGCAGCAAUGGAAAAGUCUAUGAUACCUUCACUAUCUCAAGGGACUACAGAGAUGUCUUAGCCUGUGUACAUGAUGGUUGUGAAGCAACCACUUUAGCAUCCUGAACUAGUUUGUUUCUGUAAUUUUUCUGGGGAGACCAUUAGUGUUAUUUUUUAUUGAUUAAAGUGGCUUUCCACGAUGCAAUUGUGCUACAAACUAUAGUCAAAAUAAUAGUAUCUUCAUCGUCCUUGCCUAA